CAUAAGACUUUCGUAUUCUAAAGUGGUGGGCAAGGAAACUUGACUGUGUCGAUCAGGUAUUUGUCAAUCAGGUAUGGAUAUUCUUCUUUGGGUCAGCUAAGUUGAAGCUCCAAGGUUUUAUUUAACCUUGUCAAUCAAAAAUAUGAGUCAUAAUCCAUGAAAGGCCUACUUUCUUUAUUCGUUUGCUCCAAUUUUCUCUUCAUAUUACUAACUUCUGCAGCACUAGACACAAUCACUACAGAUAAAUCCAUUAGAGAUGGUGACACAAUUAUUUCAGCUGGUGGGAUUUAUGAACUAGGAUUUUUCAGCCCUGGAAAUUCCAAGAAUCGCUACGUUGGCAUAUGGUACAAGAAGAUAGCACCUAGAACUGUCAUAUGGGUUGCCAACAGAAAUAUUCCACUGAACGACACUUCAGGAGUUUUAACACUCAAAACCAAUGGGGUUCUUGUACUUGUUGAUGAUUCGAAUGUCUCAAUUUGGUCAUCAAACUCAUCAAGAUCCUUAAAGAAUCCAAAAGCGCUGCUCCUGGAUUCUGCCAACCUUGUCGUGAGUGAUGGAAAUGACAGAGACCCAGGAAUUAAUUUUGCGUGGCAGAGUUUUGAUUAUCCAGGAAACACUUUAUUACCUGGCAUGAAGAUUGGGAAAAAUUUGGUCACGGGCAUGGAUUGGAGUUUAACGUCAUGGAAGAGCACGGAUGAUCCUACUGCUGGUGAAAAUGUAAACCGUCUUGAUUCUCAUGGAUACCCACAAUUGUUUGUGUACAGAAAUUCAUAUGCAGUAUAUAGCUCAGGGCCAUGGAACGGUAUUGCAUUUAGUGGUAGUCCUAACAAUAAAGCAACUCAAUAUUACACUAUAGAGUUCGUUAUCAAUCAGCAGAAAAUUUACUACAAAUACGGACUUAAGAAUGAGUCCCUGCCCACCAGGGUGGUGAUCAACCCAGCUGGGGUGAUAGAACACCUAACAUGGAUUGAGCACACUCAGAGCUGGUUUCUAUACUUGACAGCACAAUUUGAUAAUUGUGAUCGUUUUGCUUUAUGUGGUCCUUAUGCAAGUUGCAACAUCAAUAACUCCCCUCCAUGUGACUGUCUGAAAGGUUUCAAGCCUAGGGAUCCUCAACAGUCUGUGGCAGACUGGUCUAGUGGUUGUGUAAGGAGAACUUCUUUGGAUUGUAACCAAGAUGGUUUUCUUAAAUUUUCGGGCAUCAAGAUGCCAGAUUCAAGAAACUCCUGGUAUAAUGAGAGCAUGAACCUUGAAGAAUGCAAGCAAAUGUGCUUGGCUGAAUGCAAUUGUACAGCCUACUCAUAUCUUGACGUUAGAAAUGGCGGAAGUGGAUGCUUACUAUGGUUCGGAGAACUCAUAGAUAUUAGAGAGUUCAGCCAAAAUGAGCAAGACCUGUAUGUGAGAGUUGCUGCUUCAGAAUUAGACAGGAAUCGGUGGAGAAAGAGGUCAGUCCUGAUUGCUGUCAUUUCAGCAAUGGUAGCAACAUUUAUCAUCAGCUUUUUAGUUUGGUUUUCCUUCCAAAGAAGGAAAAGAAGAACAGACGGAUUUGUAUUGACAGAUUCAGAAGUUGGAAAUGAAGACAUAGAGCUUCCACUGUUUGAUUUAGUUAGUGUUGCUAGUGCCACUGAUAACUUCUCUUCUGCUAAUGUUAUUGGGGAGGGUGGCUUUGGGCCGGUUUACAAGGGUGUCCUACCAAAUGGACAAGAGAUAGCAGUAAAGAGACUAUCGAAGUAUUCUGGACAAGGCAUUCAAGAGUUAAAAAAUGAAAUCGUUCUCAUUUCCAAGCUUCAGCAUAGGAACCUUGUCAAGCUUUUGGGUUGCUGCCUUGAAGGAGAAGAAAGGAUGCUAAUCUAUGAGUUUAUGCCCAACGCUAGCUUGGACUAUUUCAUUUUUGAUCCAAGCAGAAAAACUUCACUUGCAUGGAAGAACCGCUUUGAAAUUGCUAUGGGAAUAUCUCGAGGUCUUCUUUACCUUCACCAGGACUCGAGAUUAAGAAUUAUUCACAGAGAUCUCAAAACCAGCAAUAUUUUAUUAGAUAGUGACAUGAACGCCAAAAUUUCUGAUUUUGGCCUUGCCAAAAUUUUUGGUGGAGACCAAGUGGAAGGAAAAACAAAAAGAGUAAUAGGGACAUAUGGAUAUAUGUCGCCGGAAUAUGCUGUUGAUGGGAAAUAUUCAGUAAAAUCAGAUGUAUUCAGCAUCGGCGUAAUCAUUCUUGAAAUAGUUAGUGGAAGAAAGAACAGGAAAUUUCAUCAUUUGGAGCAUCAUCACAAUCUUUUGGGACAUGCAUGGUUACUUUGGACUGAAGGAAAAGCAUCAGAACUGAUGGACGAAUGUUUGGAAGAAUCCUUGUCAGAAUCGCAAGUGUUGAAAUGCAUCCAGGUUGGAUUGUUGUGCGUUCAGAAACUCCCAGAGGAUAGGCCGACAAUGGCAUCAGUCGUAUUCUGGUUAGGCAAUGAAGGUCUGGUUCUUCCUCAACCAAAGCAGCCUGGGUUUUUUAUAGAGAGGAAUUCAAUGGGAUCAGCAGAUUCAAGUGAUGAAGGGUGUCGAAGUAACAACGUGUCGAUAACAGUUCUAGAGCCAAGAUAGACAUAAAACCACAAUUGGAAGUUUUGCAAUGUAUCUACUUUGUCAACAGUACUAGUAUAUAUAUGACUAUAUGAGGUGAAUUUUGAAAUGGUAUCUACUUAUUCGAGUAUUUCUCUUUGUCGUUGACAUGUAUUCUUUUGGUACUAUAAUGGACAAAAUUGAUUGGCCUAUUCCGAGUAACAUCCUUCUAAAUUACUUGUGAAACAGGCCUAGUACUAGUCCCUUUUCUAUUUUUGCUCUCAAACGCCGCUGCCUAAGGCAUCUUCAGUGCAUGUGAUGUGCAUGAGUCAUUGCAUCUCACCGGCGUUUUUGAUUCAGGUCUGCGAAAGAGCGUAGUCAACUAGAAAUAUGUCAUUUUAAUUUAUCCCUAAAAGAUUGUCAGAAGUGACAGAAACAUGGCUUCUAUACUUGCUGAUGCAAAUGAAAGCUAUUAGGUUCAUUCAUUUGGUGGAAUGCAGUUGGCAGAAGCUGUUGGAUUCUGCUUUUUCUCUUUUGGUACAGUUGCUUAAAAUCUAAGUGGAUUCUGUUUUUGAUGUCAACUGUGGAACAAGGCUGAUUUUGUGAAAUAAUAUCGAAAUCCUCUCUGAAUUGUAGUCCCAGCUCCAUGUCCAUUCUACUUCUAACCAAAUUGUGCGAACUUGAGGUAACUGUACCAAAUAUGGAUCUUUAAAAGAAGUUUGCUAACUUCAUCAUUUGUUAAUUGCAGAAAAAGAAAAAUGACUGUCAUGCUGUUCCUGGUGCAGUAGGCCUGGGAUAUGAUUAGGCUAGCGAUUCUUACCAGCAAUCUUAUUGACCUCUAUGCAAUGCAAUAACUUCAUUCCCUUGCGGUGCUAUGAGAGAUGCUCCGUUCAUUCCUCCACACUCGCUUAGGCUACAAUUUAUUUUAAAAGAACAUGCAAGCUACCUGAUCAAACUAAAUCCACAGUAUCAUUUUAUCUGAGCAUGAAAUCUAUCAGGACCUCAAUCUACUUCAGUAGCAAGAAGAGCUGCAGUUACUCUCCACUCCAUGUUAUUUGAAACAUCGUGUUCAUCAAUGUCUUAGAUUUUGCAUGCUCUGAGAAGAAUGUGCACACUAACUUAGCCACCAGCGCCUACACAAAUUCCAUUCCACUAAUA